CGCGCGCCGUUUUCAUUCGGUGCGCACGCAUAACCCGCUCUCUCGCACCCGUGACCUAAAACACGACCAGUGACGAUAAUAUUGUGCAGUUCGUAUCGCAAUAUAACUUAGAGCGGGAUGUUUUCGCAUUACUCAUCGUGCCGCAAUUAUUGUUCCAUACGUUUUAUCAACAAACAGUCGAGUGGCAACAACGCUGGAAGAAUGGCGCGGUGAAAAAAAAGGGGAAACAGUGAAGCGAGGAAUGUGUAACUUUCCGGGAUGUCCGGACCAAAAUAAAAUCUCCAAGUCGGAUGUUAAUGUACAGGAACAUUUUCCGGAGCUGUGAUUUGAAAAACUUUACAUAUUUACUAAUUCCUAUAAAUGCCUUGUUAUCUUGUUUAAAGAUCGGAGUGCUUUAAAAUGCAGUGCGUAAUGCAGUUCAGUUGAUGUUCGACGUUUUGCUAAGUAGAGAGAUAUGUUUAUGCGACAAUCGAAGAAUUGCUGCACUCGACACACAUGCUCGACAAGUGUUUAUUUAUGGCAUUGGAUUUUAUAUGACGCCAGCUGAAUCCGUACAAAGUUGCACCGGCACGUGUAGUGUGUCUUCGGGGAAACAGUGUAGUGUCAUCGGAUUACAAAGUGCAGUAAUUACAUAUGUGAUGCAAGAUGAUGUGGCCUUCGUCUCAAGCUAGCAAAUUGUUAACUCUCCUAUUACUCAUUAUUGUUAUCUACUGUGUAAAUAUGGACACUUUCCUAUUUUUAAGAAUUCAGAAUUAUAAACUUGACAUUUUUGAGUUGCGGGAAAAUUCUACAAUGCAAGAGACCUCUACGCGCAAAGUUGACACCUUAGCUGAUUAUGAGGAAGUUACUUGGGUUUCGUGCAGGAUAAAUCCACUUUGCCAUCCGACUGUGAAAGGGCUGAUGGUGGACCACAUAAACCAUUACAUUUACGGUCCAUUAAGUGCCAUAGUCGAUAUAAGCAUACAGCUAUCAGACAAGCUGUUAAUUAUAACACCGAAUAUGAUAUCUUUAUUUCACGUGUUUGUCGCGAUUAUUGGUGCUAAUCUAUUGACAUGUCCAAAUCUGGCUGUCCGGCGCGUAGCAGUAGUAUUGUUUCAGAUUAGAAUGUUUCUAGAUGACCUUGAUGGUCAUGUGGCCAGAGAAAGGAAGCAUAUCAAAGGUGAGAGGUCAGAAGUAGGCUCGUUGGGCUACUGGGUCGACGGAAUCUGUGAUUUAAUAGGUGUAGUUUCCAUGAUGGUCGGCAUAGGGUUGUAUUUAAAGAACAAUCCGCCUAGAAAGGGUUACAAGGGCACCCCGGUAAGCACUCUGCCUUACCAUCAACUUAAAGAGAUAAAUUCCACUGAAGAUAUCGAGAAGGAUAGUUCUGUGGAGAUAGGAAUCUCGUACAAGACAAAAGUCACGUUUCAGAGGGUGGUUCAAGUGAUAGGACUGUUUUCCGGUCAAAUGGUGUUAUCGUCACUCGCGUGGAACAGGUAUAUUGACGUGUAUCAAGAGCUACUCGAGAACUGUACUGAGUAUGACGUGUUCAAAAGGGUGUCUAGCUUUAAAUCUGGGUCAUUUUUCUCAGCGACGCUGAUGUGGAGAAUUGUAAAUCCGCACAGCUAUUUACAUCUCCUUUCCUUCGCUAUUUUCUGUGAUAAAACAUGGGGUUUCCUGAAAUCUAUCCACUAUUUCGGUUAUUUAGUUCUAGUGUUUGCUGUCGGUAUGUCCGAGUAUUAUAUUGAAUGCAUCAAGACUUACAUAUUGGGUAGUUCUGAGAAUUUAUGAUAGUUUAAGUGUUUAUAUUUGUUGGUUUACGUAAUGAAAUUGUACGUGUUGUUGAAAAGGGUUUGGGAGGAAUUCCGAAUUGUCGCUGCCCCGCAAAUAAUUCAGUAUCGGAAGCUUCCAAAGCGAUUAAUAAUAUAAUACAUAGUAUAUUAAUACGACUCGUUGAUUUAUCAGUAAUUUAUUGUACAUAAAGACUUUGAAAGAUCAUUCUUGUUUGUCAACUAAGUACCUAGUUUAAGAAGAUAGUAAUAUAUUUUUGGUGAUUUAAUUCAUUGAUUGUCAGUGUCACUGUGUUAUGCAUGUUUAAUGUGAUUUCAAUAUUAUAAAAAUAAAAUAUUGUCAAUUGGCUGUGGAAUAAGUAUAUUUUCGUUAGAUUUGAACGUUGGUAUUACCCAAGUAACAUUAACUUAGUUUAUAACCAAUAAACUUGUAAGUAGGCUUUUUCUGUCCAACAACAUGAACUUACAACACAGAACCGAUAAGAUUGGAAAGUAGAAUAAUUGCUUCGUAAAAUACUUGCAAGAUUAAAAAAUAUGUGUACUGUAACGUGCUUUAAUUUGGAAUAAACUUUUAUAAAAUAUGGUUAGAACACUCAAAUGCAUAUUGCAAUAAGCUCGAAAUCUUUGGUUUAAAAGUAAGCGUUGAAAUGUCAAGUAAAAUAUUGAAUGUCUUAUUGUAUUUAUUGACACUGUUGAGUAAUCAAUAAUGCUCUCGGGAAUCUUGCAAGGUUGUCAUUUCGUUCAAAAAAUUUUGUGUUAAAAACUUAUGCAUAUAUGUGCAUAAAAUUAGAAAUAUAAUAAUAUUUAUGUUAUUUAUGUAACAUUCUCAUAAUCGAUUUUAAAAAUUAAACUAUCACUAAUUGAACCUUUGGUGGUUACUUAUCUUAAUAAUGUCUUGCAAGUUCACGUAACUAUUGUUGCCUUACAUAACCAACAUCAUGUCUUAAAAAUAUUUUCA